AUGACAGUCACUCGAAAGUACCUCUUCGGAGGUGAUACUCCAUGGUCAAAACAAGACUGGACAACCUGCGACGACAGAAUCCGCGGUGGCGCAUCCGCCUCUCGCCUAUCCAUCAAACCAUCCACCGUCGACCACAUCGACAACCAACCCUACUCCUCCUCCGCCUUCUUUCAUGGCUUCCUCGACAUCACCACGCUCGGCGGCGCUGGGUUCGCCUCCCAACGCAACACCACAUACACUCUCAACUGGCAUUUAGAGAAAUACGAUGGCAUAGAAUUUAUUGUUGGGAAAUCAGACGGGAAGAGAUACUCAUUCGUCCUGAAAGAUGAAAUGCUACCAAAGCGGCCCGAUGGCAGAGAACAGAGUUCCUUAAACUGGGAGUAUGAGUUUGUCGUUCCCGCUACGUCGGACUGCGAAGACAGAACGAGGGAAGGGACCGUAUUUAGGGCUAAAUGGUGUGAUUUUGAGCCUACGUAUAGAGGGAAACCGCAGGAGGGGUUGACUAGGCGUAUACUGCCUAGGAAUAUCAAGCGAAUCACCUUGAUGAUGCGAAGUUUCUUCGGCAUGCAAUCAGGCGACUUUGAAGUCGAAAUCAAAAGCAUCGCCGUCUUCAAAGAAGGCAACCAAGUUGACGGUGCAGCUCCACUCCGACAGGACGGUGAAGACAUAGCCGAGAAGCUUCGCAACGAAUACACACCACCACUAUCGUCCCGUGCAGAAUCAUUUGGAUCAAAGACGGCCAAAGAAACAGACGAACCCAAGAGACGCGGGCGGCCGAACAGUCUGCUCUUGCGAUUGUUGUCGUCUUGUUGUGGGGGUUGA